AUGGCGCCUGCCCUGUCGGCUUCCUCCUUUUCUCUGCCACUGCCAUCCUGGCUGCAGCCGACGAGCACUCGUGUCGCGCAAUAUGAUCGCCGAAAGCGAAAAAAGAGUGACGAAUGGACCGACGAGGAGGGUGAUGGUGCAUACACGACUGAUGCCACGUCGGCUGGAGAGUCUGGCCCUGCUGGACCCUCGCUGAUCCUGACACCGAACGAGUCCCAUCAAUAUCGGAUUGCCGGUCUCUCUUUCGACCAGGAAUUACCCGGAGGGAACUUCCCCCACGGGCCAGCAAAGGGCGACCAAGCUAGAAAGGAAGCGAAACUACUGAGCCACCAUCUUCGUGAUCUAUCCUCGCUAUCCACCCCCGUGUACCCUCCCCAGUCUGCGGCACACCAAGGCACUAUCCGCCUCCAGCAUCUCUCGGUAUUGACCGCCAUUCUACACAAGUGCCUCCUCCAAGGAGAUUACAUUCGAGCCGGAAGAGCGUGGGGACUCAUUCUACGAGAAGAGUUCCGUGGCUUCUCGAUGGACGUACGCAAUGAAGGACGGUGGGGGAUUGGGGCUGAGAUUCUAUUACGUCGCGGCCAACAAGAAGCGUCGCAGCAAGCUUCUCGCCCCUCGUCCGAUCCAUCUAUCAGCCAGGAUAUGACAGAUUUGCCAUUCACCAAGAACGGCUUUGAAGAAGCCAAGGAAUACUACGAAAGGCUAAUUCUUAAUCAUCCUUAUUCGAAAAGUGCUCCCCAUGCGGUAUCUGCGCUGAGUUUUUAUCCUGCGAUGUUUGGACUAUGGAUCUAUGUCACCCAGGAGGAGAGUCAGGUGGCUAGGAGUAACAUCAUCAUCGAUAGCGAGGAUUCCUCCGAUGAGCUUUCUGGCGACGAGAGCCCUUCGGCUGAUUUUGAUCGCCGGGCGUCAAACAAAAAACAGUUUCUCGUUGCUGGUAUACGAAAACGCGAACUGGAGGAAGCGCAAAAGAUCGCCACUCGUAUGGAUAUGCUACUUGCUACACCUCCCUACUCUGAUUCAUCUGAGCUACUGGAAUUGCGGGGCAUGGUGUCGCUCUGGGUUGGUGACUUACUCAUUUCAUCGCUGGCGACUUUACCUGACUCUGCGGACGAGUUUGAUGCGGAUGCAAUGCAUAUGGAUGAUUCACCAGCCUCCAUCGAAGCAAGGCACGAACAGAGGCUCGCUCUGGAGAAAAGGGCCAUGGAGAUCAAUAAAUCACAGGCUUUCCUCGAGAAAGCACGGAAACGUGGACGCGGUGUCGCGUACAGCCUGGAACAUCUCCAUCUUGAUGAGGAUUCAGCCUCUGUCUAG